AUGCCAGGCUCCGGCAAGCAAUCGCCGCAAGUGCAAGAGCAGAUCAAAGAACUGCUCGAGGCCGGCUUCGACCCCACCACCAUCCACCGCCGCCUCAAGGUCGGCCGCAGCAGCAUCUACCGCAUGAAGCGGUGUUUGCAGCAGCAUGGCACGAAUUACAUGCCGCCGGAGUUGAAUAAGAAGAAUGGGAGGCCGAAGGUGUUGACGCCGGAGCAGGAGUUGGAAGUCCACACCUGGCUCGUCGACCCCAAAAACCGCACCCGCUACCUCGACGACCUCGUCUGGCUGAUCCACGACCGCUUCGGCAUCGUCUGCUCCACCACCACCAUGUCGAAGAUGAAGCGCAAAUGGCUGCGCGUCAUCGAGUACGAGGAAAACGGCGUCCCCAUCGAUGACCUGACACGGAGUCAACUCCUCGAGACGCAUCCGGACCUGCCGCUGUUGAGGCAUGAUGUUAAUGGGAGUGCUGGUGGGCUGGGGCAGCAGCAGCAGCAGCAGCAUGAUGGUGGUGGGUUGGGGGUCGAUGUCGGUGUGGAUGUGGGUGGGGUUCCGCAGGCGCAGAUGUUGCAGGCGCAGGAGGCGAUGCAGGCGCAGAUGGGGGCGGAGUUGGAUGGGGUUGGGGUCGGGGUGGGGUUUGAGGAUGUGGAUUUGUCGGGGACGGGGGUCGGUGGGUUGCGGACGGUGUGA